GACCGGGCGGCCCCCUGCGGGGACGGUGGCCGCUCCUCCUGCCCCCGCGGGCCUCAGCUAUUUUAGGGAGGGACGGGCGCCGGCGAGGAACGGGAGGGCUGCGGGCAGGGCUGCGGGCAGGCGGGGCCUCUUCUCCCCGCCUGCGCCGAGGGUGGCCCCCUCCUCUCAGGGGCUCGCGCCUCCGCCCGGGGGUCUCCGGGAAACGCUCGGAUCGCCCGCGCCCCCCGUCCUUGGACACUGGGGCGCCGCGGGGAAGCCUGGCUCAGGUCCGGGCUCCGCGGAGCCCGAUCGCCUCGGCCGCUGGCCCAGCCGCUCCGGAUCGUCUGUGGGGCUCGGCCGUCCCUCCCGAUCGCUGCCGCCUCCUCUGGGGCCCGGACUGCAGCCCUCGGGCCCGGUCACUCUCGUCAACUUUGUUCCAGGUGUCUGGUGACCCCAGGGACUCAUCUCAGGCUCCAGGGAUGGAUGAAGUGAAGAGUCAGUUCAUAGAAUCCCAGGCUGUGGGAAGGUGGAGAAUUUUGGAGGACUCUGAUGGCAGACAAGAGGAUAUGAAUUUUGAAGACGUGGCCAUUGCCUUCUCUCAGGAGGAGUGGGGGCUCCUUGAUGAGGAUCAGAGACAUCUAUACUGCGAUGUGAUGCUGGAAGUUUUUGCACUUGUAUCAUCUGUAGGUUGUUGGCAUAAGACAGAAAAGGAGGACGCCUGUUCUGCUGAGAGUGUUUCUGUACAAGGAGAGUCAAAAUUUAUGGCUUCUAAGACAGCUACAGCAACCCAGAGGACCCGUCUCUGUAAACAGUGUUUCUCAGUUUUAAAAGUUAUUCUGCACCUGACUGAGUCACAAGCAGCAUGCAUUGAGCAGAAAGCCUUCUUCAGUGACAAAUCUGUGAGAGACUUCUGUUCCAAUGUAAACCAUCACCAGCAACAGAGGGAUACCCGAGGAGAGAAGCCCUGGGAAGAAGCUAUAGAUGGGGCCUCCUUUGUGACCAGCUGCACCUUCUACUUAUCAGGGGUGCCUUCAACCACUAGGGAAGCUGGGAAAGACUGGCCAGCCAGCUCAGGGUUGUUGCAGUCCCAGGCAACUCUUAAUACCGAGGAGCCUCACAGUGGCAGUGAGACUUCACAGAAAUUUCUCAGUGGAAAAAGUCAUCAACAGUGUAGCAAACGUGAAAAUGCUGCAAGCCACAGACAUAAAUUUGUUCAAUAUCAGGAUGUCUGCUCUGGUGAAGUGAAAUAUGAGUGUAACAAAUGUGGAAAAGUUUUUAGAUGUAUUAUUAACAUCAAUCAACAUAGGGGAGGUCACACUGGAGAAAAGUCCUAUGAGUGUAGUAAUUGUGGUAAGUCAUUCAGCAAAAGCUAUAAUCUCAUUGAACAUCAGAAAAUUCACACUGGAGAAAAACCUUAUGAGUGUAGUGAAUGUGGGAAAUCUUUUAGGUACAAUAGUCACCUCCUUAAUCACAAAAGAGUUCACACUGGGGAAAAGCCGUAUAAAUGUAGUGAGUGUGGGAAGUCCUUCAGUCAUAACUCUAACCUCAUUAAACACCACAGAGUUCACACUGGAGAAAAGCCAUAUGAGUGCAGUGAUUGUGGGAAGUUCUUCACUCAAAGCACUAACCUCAGUCAACACCACAGAGUUCACACUGGGGAAAAGCCAUAUGAGUGUAGUGAUUGUGGGAAGUCCUUCAGUCAAAGCUCUAACCUUAGUCAACACCACAGAGUUCACACUGGAGAAAAGCUGUAUCAAUGUAGUGAUUGAGGGAAGUCCUUCAGUCAAAGCUCUAACCUCAUUCAACAUCACAGUUCACACUGGAGAAAAACAUUUUGAGUGUAGUGGAUGUGGGAAAUCUUUUAGGUACAAUAAUCACCUCCUUAAACAGAAAAGAGUUCACACUGGAGAAAAACCUUUUGAGUCUAGUGCAGGGGUGGGCAAACUUUUUGACUCGAGGGCCACAAUGGGUUCUUAAACUGGACCGGAGGGCCGGAACAAAAGCAUGGAUGGAGUGU